CCCUCUCUCACUAUUUUUUCUUCUCUUCUCCUUUUCCCCAAAUUUCCCCCAAACCAAUUUCAUCAACAAUGGAAGCUCCCGAAUAUUUCCACAACAAUGCUUACUGCUCCCAAUUCACCUCCGACAAAGACGCCGCCGCCGCCACCACCGCCGACCACUUCAUCGUCGAAGAGCUUCUCGAUUUCUCCAACGACGACGACUCCGCCAUUGCCGACUCCGGCGGCUUCUUCAAUAACGUCACCUGCUUCUUGAAUGGAAACUCCGCUGAAUCCUCCGCCGCCACGGCGGUGGAGAGUUCCAAUUCCUCCUCCUUUUCAGGUUCUGAACGGACUUCGUUUUUCGACGAUGUUUCUGCCUCUUCUUUAGCCGAUGUCCGUUUCUCCGACGACAUCUUCAUUCCGUACAAUGAGUUGGUUGAGUUGGAAUGGCUUGCAAGUUUUGAAGAGGAACCGUUUUCCAGCGAGGAUAUGCAAAAGCUAGAACUCAUCACCGGAGUCAAAGUCAAACCCGACGAGCCACCCCAAUCCCACCACCCAACCAACGCGGUCUCCGCCCUCUCUCACGGCCGAAAUGCAGCAGCUGCGAUCUUCAAACCCGACAUUGUAGCGGUUCCGGCGAAGGCCCGGAGCAAACGCUCACGCACCAUCCCAUCAAAUUGGAACAACUCCCGUCUCCUCCCACUUUCUCCGACCAGCUCCUCCUCCGAGCUAGACAUCCCGGCCACCGAACCGCCACCGCACCCGGUUAAGAAAGUCCCUCCCAAAGUGGCGGCGACGGCGACGGCGGCGGUGAAGAAAAAAGAAUCCUCCUCCUCAUCGGAGACCGGAAUGUCGGCUGGAGAAGGGCGGAAGUGUAUGCACUGUGCCACUGACAAGACGCCGCAGUGGCGGACGGGCCCAAUGGGCCCAAAGACGCUUUGUAACGCUUGUGGGGUCCGCUACAAAUCCGGGCGGCUAGUGCCGGAGUAUCGGCCGGCGGCGAGCCCGACAUUUGUGCUGACGAAACACUCGAAUUCCCACCGGAAAGUGUUGGAGCUCCGACGGCAAAAGGAACUGCAGAAAGCGCAGGAACAGCAGGCGUUGAUGAUGGAUCAUCAUCACCAUCAUCACCAUCAGGAAAUGAUGUUUGAUUCAUCCAACGGUGAGGAUUAUCUGAUGAAGCAAAACGUGGCUCAUGAUUACCUGCACCUGAUCUGA